UCUUGGGCCACCAGGAAGUCAGUCUGGGACGUGGGCUUUGCUGGGGACACAACAGAAGGAGGGAGGGGCAUUUAGGGGUCACUGAGGGAAUUGGGUUGCAGGAUCCCAGUCAGGGGGAAGCACCAUGGACUAUCUGACUGUGCCUGUUGUGUCCGGCAGCCAGAUGGAGAAGCCUCCGUACAAGGAGGAGACGCUCCCUGUCUCCCAGGCCUCCUUGCAAGCCACCUCGGCCUCCUCCCACCCCCCAAAGAUAUUGAAAGGGAAGCAGGACCCCGGGCAGAGGCGGAAGUGGAGGGGCACCAUGGUCCUGCUGCGCCUGGCGUGGGAGAGGACCUUGCCCCUGCUGCUCACCCUGCGGGCCAUCAUCCAGAAGCUCACUCAGCUGCUGGCCUUCGAACUCUUCAUCCUCACCGUGAUUGGCAUCCACACAGCAGUGCUGGUGGUGCAGACCUUCGCCGUGGUGCAGGUCCGUGGAGAGUGGUUCUUCUCCGCCAUGGACGCUGUCUUCCUGUGCGUGUACGUGCUGGAGGCACUGCUGAAACUCAUCGCCCUGGACCUCAACUACUUCCGCAAUCCCUGGAAUGACAUUGAUUUUUUCGUCAUGAUCAUGAUGGUGCUGGACUUUGUGCUGCCGCUCCUCAUCUCCCCGGGCCACACCACCCACGACAAUGCUGGCAGCCUCUUCCGCGUGCUCCGCGUCUUCAAGGGUGUCCGGGCCGUGCGGGUCCUGAGGCUGCUGCUCACACUGCGGGUGCUGGAGAACCUGCAGGAGCUGACAAGCACCUUCGCACUGUCUGGCCCGUCCAUCGGGGCCAUCCUGUUGUUGAUGUUCACCUGCCUCUUCAUGUUCUCGGUGGUGCUGCAUGACCUGUUCCAGAACUCUGACCCCUAUCGCUUCGGGGAGCUCUUCGACACCAUCUUCACCCUCUUCCAGCUCUUCACGCUAGACGACUGGUCCUUCAUCUACCUGGACAGCAUCCAAGGGGGUGCCUCAUACAUUAUCUUCUUCCUUAUGGCCUACAUCCUCAUUGAGUACUUCACCUUCCUCAACCUGGUUAUUGCUGUCCUGGUGGACAAUUUCCAGUUGGCCCUGAUCAAGCGCCAAGAGCUGCAGAAGCAGAAGAGUAUGCUGCAGCCCAAGGAGAGCAGCAUAGAAGAUAUUGUAUCAGGCAAGCCAGCCCAGGAGGGACACAUGAAGCCAGAGGAUGAUGAAGCCUUCCUGGCUCAGCUCAUCAAGCACAUGGACGGCAGCGAGAGGGAGAAGCAGCUGCUCUUCACCUACCUGCAGCUGAUGGCGUCAGUUGAGCACCUCCAGCAGCAGUUCCGCUCCCAGGCUGCCACCACCGACAAGAUUGUCGACAGCUUCUUCGAGACAGCCGAGCAGGACUUUCCCCACCACUGAAAAGGCCGGGCUGUCCACAUUGUGGGGGAAGGACGUGCCCGGAGGCCUGGGCACUGCAGCCAUACGGCUGGGACAGGCCCCAGACCCAGCCCUCGCCAAGACACUGCCACGGCUCUGUAUUAAAAGGCUCCUGGGAUGCAGGGGAAAUGGUG